CAUGUUUUGAGUCACAACGUAAGAAACUUUCGUGGUGAGCGGACGUGUUGCUGCGGAACAAGACAAAAAACACAAAUCAAAAAAUCAAAAUUUGUUGUACAAUAAUUAUAAUACCGAAUUGUAAUUGUGCAAAAAUAUUCUAAACAAAAAUUAAUUGAAUUCGAUUCAAUGCGCACGCAACGGCAGCAGCAGCACCACCACCAACAACACCAAUUGCAGCAAUAAUAAUUUUUAAGUUGAAUUUAUCGCUUGACAAAUCAAAACAUAACAAAAAGCCAACGAGGCGAAAUAAAAGUGUGGAAGAAAAGACGCCGCCACCGCCGCCGCCGACACCGACGUCGAGAAUCGAGUAACAAAGCAUAGAAUAGCUAAAUAACUGUGUAUGCCAAGUUUUCCUGUUGUGGCUGUUCUCUCAAUAUAAAAACGAAAUAAACAAAAAUUAGGCGAACAGAGCGCAACAAAAACGAAGAAUAAAAAACAACAACAACAAGUAGUGUGCAAGCAAAAGUGAAAAGGAAGCAGUUUAUUUAUUGUUGUAUGUGUGUGUGUUUUCUACUUAAACGAAGCGCGGGUGCAAAAGGGCCAACAGCAGCAGCAGCAGCAAUAACAACAGCAGGGACCAGCACAAGUGCAUCGCUGUGCUUGUGUUUGUGUGUACGUGUGUGUGUAUGUGAGACGGAAGUACUUUGGGCUCUCUUUGUGGCUGUGCUCUUCCUCCGCAAACGUCUCCAGAUUGCGCUCGAUUUGUUUUUGUGUUUUGUUAUAUUUUCGGUGUGCCAUUCCCUUUUGGCGCUGACAUUCGCUUUUUGCAAUGGCAAAUAAGAAAACAUAUACAAAACACUUUUGAAAGCAACCUAAAGCAACAGCGGUCAACACAGGAUUAACGUAACGUAACGCAGUCCACAGUCCGAACCCCGUCGCACUCUCUCUUAGUCUCUUCACAAUGGCCACUUGACGUCGCGUCGCAGUAGCAGCGAAUGACGACGACGACGACGCCGCAGCAGAACCAGGAAAUCGACAGCAAAGUGCAUGCAUUUACGUUGCGUGACGUUCACCAUACGUUACGUUACGUAGUACUGCUGCAGUUGUAGUUCAAGCGAGCGUCGAAGCAGUAGUAGCGAAAGAAGAAGCAACGGCAGUAAGCGGCAGCAGCAACAACAAGUAUAACGCGCGUUCUCUGGAUCUGGACAAACAUAUCCGCUUCCGCGUUGAAAGCUUAUAAGAACGGCAAACAACAAACAACAGAGACAACGGGUAUUACACCAACAACAACAACAGCAACAACGAAAUACGUCACGGCACAGUGGAGCAAAAGCAAACAGGUUGUUUUAAUCUAGUGGCGUUUGCAUGUCCAAAAUGAAAAUGCUUCCAGUACAGCUAUCACUGAAUCCGCUUAAUCCCGGCAUCUGGGGCGAUGUCAUGUGGCGCUGCCCCCCACCACCGUCCAGUCAGUUGGCUGAGCUCAAAACACAAUUGCCCCCAUCCUUGCCAUCAGAUCCGCGCCUCUGGAGUCGCGACGAUGUGCUCGUGUUUCUGCGCUUCUGCGUGCGCGAAUUCGAUUUGCCCAAACUCGACUUUGAUCUCUUCCAAAUGAAUGGCAAAGCCCUGUGCCUGCUGACCCGCACAGACUUUGGCCAUCGCUGCCCUGGCGCCGGCGACGUCCUGCACAAUGUGCUCCAGAUGCUGAUCAUCGAGUCGCACAUGAUGCAAUGGCAUCUGCCCAACAGCCCCGUCACGCCCACCGGCCGCUACCCGCUGUCUCCGCACAGCCACCCGCCGACACCCACCUGGCCACCCUUGAACGCACCGCCCGGAGCCGACACCGGCGGCAGCAGCAAUCCCUUCCACAGCAGCAGCAGUGUGGCCGCUCACAUGGCCGCCCACCACUUCAUGGCGCCCAACUCGGUGACCCUCAGUCCGCCGCCCUCUGUCGACUCGCAGGCCAGUAGUCCGCCGGAGUCCGCCUCGGGAUACUCGAGUGCCGGCGCCUCGGCAGCAGCCAUGAGCAGCGCUGUCGCCGCAGCGGCCGCAGCAGCGGCGGCGGCAGCAGCAGCCGUUGCCGGCUCCUCCAGUGCGAGCAGCACCACCAGCAAUGGGUCCACAUUGAACGGCUGUGUGCAGCCGAUGAAGGGCAUCCAGUCCAGUGCCAGCAGCAACCACUCCGACUCCGAGGAGGAGUUCGCUGAGUCAGCCAACCAGAGCAACAACAACAACAGCAGCAGCAGCAGCAACAAUUGCAGCAACAGCAACAACAGCAACAGCAACAACAACAGCAGCAACACCAACAGCAAUAACAAAGCUCUGCCUCUGGCGCCGCUCUCCUACAGCGCAGGCAGUCCGCCGGGCACGCCCAUUCACAAGGAUAUGAAACCCAACUGGACGCAGCAGCUGACCAACAGCUUUGUCAGCUCCUGGUCCCAGCAGCAACAGCAACAGCAGCAACAACAACAGCAGCAACAGCAACAGCAACAACAGCAGCAGCAGCAGCAACAACAACAGAAGUUGACACUGGAGAAUGCAGCGGGCGCCAUUGUGGCUGCAGGGGGUGGCUCGAUAUCCGCCCCAACCACGCCCAGUUAUAUGUACAAAGCGAAGCGGGAGUUCUUUCCGGAGAACUCGGAGCCAAAUACGAACGGACGACUCCUGUGGGACUUUCUGCAGCAGCUGCUGAACGACCGCAACCAGAAGUACAGCGAUCUGAUUGCCUGGAAGUGCCGCGACACGGGCGUCUUCAAGAUCGUUGAUCCCGCCGGCCUGGCCAAGCUGUGGGGCAUCCAGAAGAACCAUUUAUCGAUGAACUAUGACAAGAUGUCGCGCGCCCUGCGGUAUUACUACCGUGUCAACAUCCUGCGCAAGGUGCAGGGCGAGCGGCAUUGCUACCAGUUCCUGCGUAAUCCCACGGAGCUGAAGAACAUCAAGAACAUAUCGCAGCUGCGGCAGACGGCGACGGCGUCAGCGACACCUGGUGAGCAAGUGGGCAGUGCAUCGGCCAGCAGUUGGAGUCAGCAGCAGCAGCAGCAACAACAGCAACAGUUACAGGCGCAGCAGCAGCAGCAGCAGCAAUCGCAGCAGCAGCAGCAAUCGCAGCAACAGCAGCAACUGCAGCUGCAGCAGCAACAGUUGCAGCUGCAACAGCAGCAACAGCAACAGUCGCCCCAGCGUCCCGCAUCGCGAAAUGCCCAGCCCAUGGCUCUGCCCACGGCAGCAGCUGUUGCUGCUGCUGCUGCGGCCGCUGGCUAUGGACCGCAGCCGACGUCGCCGCUCUUCAUGCACGCCUUUCACUUCCUGUCCGCUGCCGCCGCAGCGCCGCCGCCCAACUCACCUGGAUCCGUGGCCUGCCUGACUCCGGGCGCCGCCACCUCAGCGCCUGGCGACAAAUUCCAAUUUCACCCGCUGAAGCUGGAGAGCGCCAACGACAGCGCCGGCGAGGAUCUGAAGCCCACGGACCUGAGUGUGAGCAGCAAGACUGCGAACGCGAAUGCGAAUGCGAAUGCAAACGCCAAUGCGAACGGCAAUGCGAAUGCGAAUCUGAAUGAGGAUUGCUAUCCGCUCCUACGCAAUGCGGAUGGCUUGACCACCAUUAAGCUGAUACGCCAGUCGGAGCACAAGGCGGAGGCAAGCGAGCAGCUGACGGCGGCUGCAGGUGGCAGCCACAGCGCUGCCAACUCACCUCGGCCCAUGGAUGCAGUCGAGCGGGAGAGGGAACGGGAAAGGGAACGGGAGCGGGAGAGGGAACGGGAGCGAGAGCCACAAGCUGUGCCCAUGGAUAGUGAAUGUAAUGGCAGCGAGGAGGCGGCAUUUAGGCAUAUGCAUUAGGCUCCACACACACACACAUGCCCCCACACCCACACCCACCCCACCCUUCACACCUGCUCUAUGACAAUCAGCCACAAACACAAAACUUUACCUGAGCAACAUGAAUGCAGCUGCCUUAGGGGACCAGCCAACAGCACACUCUCACACUCACACUCACACUCACACUCACACACUCAUUAAAUUGUUGUACAUACCAUACACACACACACGCACACACCUUUUGUAUAUGUGUGUGUGUGUGUGUGCUGAUUAGCUUUUAAGCUUAGUUUAGUCUGCAGCCUUAAA